AUGACUUACUGGGCAACCCUGGCAGGGCUGGCUAGCUUAGCCGGAACCACUUCUGCAGCAGCUUUAGGGGCAUAUAAUAUCGACCCUAGCUCUGUUUCGGUAUCCGGUCUUUCCAGUGGUGGAUUUUUCUCGGCCCAGCUCGGUGUGGCAUAUUCGAAUGUCUUCCAGACUGGCUUCGGUGUGUUUGCGGGUGGUCCAUUCGAUUGCGCCCGCAACCAAGCGUACACUUCCUGCAUGUACAACCAAAACCCAUCUAUAACUACGCCGAUUGCCAAUAUGAAAUCUUGGAGCGGCAAUAAAAUCGCCCCCACGAGCAACUUGCAGAACCGCAAAAUAUAUCUGUGGGGAGGCUCCGGGGACACCACCGUUGGACCAAACGUAAUGAAUGCGCUGAAUUCUCAAUUGAGCAAUUUCGAUACCUCGGCCGAUGUUUCAUAUGUAACAACAAGCGGUGCUGUCCACACCUUCCCAACUGACUUCGAUGGCUCCGGUGACAACUCGUGCAGUAUGUCAUCUUCGCCAUAUAUUAGCAAUUGCAACUAUGACGGUGCUGGGGCAGUGCUAAAGUGGAUGUAUGGCACCUUGAACGCAAGAAAUACCGGAACACUCUCUGGUACUGUGGUGUCUUUCGCCCAGACUGGUGCGUACGGCGCUGCUGGCAUGGAUACUACUGGCUACCUUUAUGUUCCAGCUAGCUGCCAGAGCGGAACCACGGUCUGCAAGCUCCAUGUUGCUCUGCAUGGAUGUCUGCAAAGCUAUAGCAGUAUUCAGAUGAAGUUUGUUCAAAAUACUGGCUAUAAUCAGUGGGCUGAUACCAACAACAUCAUCAUUCUCUACCCCCAGGCAAUCCCUGACAAUACCCUGCACACCGUCUGGAGCGGUACUCAGUUGAGUAACCCAAAUGGCUGUUGGGACUGGGUGGGCUGGUAUGGCACAAAUGCUGAUCAGAUUGGAGGAGUCCAAAUGGUUGCCAUCGUCAACCAAGUUGCGCAAAUCAUGAGUGGUAACAGUGGUGGUAGCACCCCCACUAGCACUACCACCUUGGCUACGACCACCAAGCCUACAUCUACGACCACGUCAUCGGGAAGCACUGGAACGGGUGCACCUCUCUAUGGGCAGUGCGGUGGAUAUGGCUGGACCGGGCCCACGACCUGUGCUCAAGGGGUGUGCACUGCUUAUAGUACUUUUUACGCCCAGUGCCUGCUACCUCUCUAA